AAUUGCUAAAAAAAAAACUCUCGGUCCGUCUCUUGCUCGACCAGCUCAGCAAUAUAGCGUUGCGAUUUAACUUGUUCCGCGACCAGCUAUAGCGCAGCGAGUUAUCCCUCUGAGACCCGGCAGACAAAGCAUCGAAUCUCCUUAGAUCGCGAGGCGCGAUGGCUGCGUGUACCCAAGUGUCCCCGCUCUCCCUCUCCGCUAACUGGUCUGGUAACCGUUUCGCUGCUGGAAGUAACCACAUCUGCGAAAAUCGACGAACCGUCGCGAGCGGCCUGUCUGCUACGAGGGCCGCGCAGAAGGAGUUUCGGAGAGCCGGCUCAAGGAAUGUCAGGGUCGGGGUGGCGAAGCAGGUUCGGUGCGUGUCCGAGCCUAGAGUGGAGGCUCGGUCAGCUGACGAAGUGCUUGCGACUCAGCCGUCGUUUCUUCGCCACAUCGCCGAUCAUGGCGCCCCUCUGCCAUUCACCCGCCGCGUCAUCGACACGGUCCAGGUCAACAUAGGCCUCUACUGCAACCAGGCGUGCCAGCACUGCCACGUGGACUCGUCCCCUCUGAGAACAGAGAUGAUGGACCACAGGACAGCAGAGAGAGUGGUGGAUCUGAUAGCAGCCUGCCCCACUGUGCGCUGUGUUGACCUUACAGGAGGGGCACCUGAGCUCAACCCUGAGUUCAGAUAUCUUGUCACAGAGGCGCGUAGGAUGGGCAAGGAGGUGAUUGACCGGUGCAAUCUGACUGUGCUGUUCGAGCCGGGCCAGGAGGAUCUUGGCGAGUUUCUUGCGGCCAAUCAAGUGCAUGUCGUAGCAUCGCUGCCGUGCUACUCUGCUGACAACGUCAACAAGCAGAGGGGAGGAGGGGUGUUCGACCUUAGCAUCAAGGCGCUUCAGCGGCUAAACAGCCUGGGGUAUGGCAAGGAAGGCUCGGGACUGGUGCUAGAUCUGGUGUACAACCCUGUUGGCCCGUCCCUGCCCCCUGCUCAAGCGAAGCUGCAGGAGGCAUACAAGAGCGAGCUCAUGGCCUGCUAUGGCAUCUCGUUCAACAGUCUCUUCACCAUCACCAACAUGCCCGUCAAGAGAUUCGCAUCGUUUUUGCACAGAGGAGGACAGCUCGAGAGCUACAUGCAGCUGCUGGUCAAUGCGUUCAACCCAGCAGCAGUCGGCAACGUCAUGUGUCAAAACCUUAUCAACAUCGACUGGCAAGGCGCUCUCUUUGACUGCGACUUCAACCAGCAGUUGAAUCUCGGCCUCCCUCCCAAACCAGCCACCACAGCCGGCUCUCCCUCUGCUCCUCCUCGCUCUGUGUUUGACAUCGAAUCUCUAGAAGAGCUUGUCAGCCGCCCCAUUGCUACAGGAGCGCACUGCUACGGGUGUACAGCAGGCACUGGUUCUAGCUGUACGGGUACGGUGGUGUAAUGACACGUGCCAAGUUGUGUCAUUUAGAAGCAAUGCGAAUGCCACACAUUAGGGGUGCAUAUGAUUUCAACACAGGAUAAUGAGCGUAAAUGUGAUGUAAAAAAACUCGCCGUACAUGCUCGUGUGAUUUCACUUCACAUGCAUAAAACGAGUUCAUUUUCAGGUCAGAAGUAGG